CCUUUCUUGCCUACAUUACUCAUUGCAAAAUAUGUGACAACAGGCCUUGCUGUUCUGCACACUCUCACACACCCAACGCGCCCACAGUGACGAUGGCCAUCACAGUUAAGCCUCCUGCGAAAGCUGAUACGGACAUGGACACGGAGACGGAGACGGAGACGACUAUUCAUGCCUGCUUGGACUUUGCUGUCCAACUUGUCAAUCGCAACAAUAACCCAAUUUCUCAUCACAAUGGGUUUGUGGCUGCAGAAAACAACAAAGACCACAAUCAAAAAUUUCGACUCGAGCCCUCUGCCUUCUGUUCCCUUCUCCAACGCCUCGAAACUGAUCCUCGCGUGUCCCUUGACCAUUUCAAUGUCGAGUACGACCCCGAGAUGCGCCUCGCGUGCUUCAAGAUAACCCAGGGCCGUCUCCACGCCUUGGUCACCCAGAAAUUUGGCAAGCUCGUCUCGGACGCCGCCAAAACCACUUUCCCUCGGAUUGAACAACUUUUCGAGUGGUCAUCCGACUUCUUCUCCCCACCCCCCGAGUCAAACUCCCUCGGCGAUGGCUCAGAGUCACCAGGCACCCUCUUCGACCCCAUAAGCUACCUUCCGCGUGUGGUCGCCGAGGUCGCCUACUCGAGCCCAACGACGUUGGAGGAGCUCGAGGCCAAAUGCGCCCGAUACAUCUCGUACACUCACGGCAAAGUUCGCGCCGUGAUUGCAGUCAAGAUCCCCUACGACCGCCAAAACCCGCGUGACAUCGCCGGCACCAGACUCGAUGAUUGUCUUGUUGCCGUCUGGGUCUGGGACGUGAAGAACGAAAGGGUUAAGUGCGCGAUGAGCUGGGCGAGCGUCACUUGACCAUACGCCAACAUUACCCUGUGCCCGUGGCACUUUUCCGAUCCCAUCAGCAACAAGCGAGAGGACAAGAGACGUGGUAGGA